UGUAGGUAUCUUGUAGAGAUCCUGAAACUUUUUGCUACAUGAGUAAUCAGCGAUGGAAAUAUAUCAAAGGCGACGUUUGACGUUAAAAUUGUAAUUCAAUCUUCUAUUAAUCGAUUUUUUAUUUUUUUUCGUGCUUGAGGGAAAUUCGAUUCGAUUAACUUGGCCCGACCUGGCUUCGGUCUGCCAGCGAGUUUCGAACUUUACACCUGCUGAUCUCGAGAACCCUCCCUACCCCAUCACAGCACCUUUUACAAGAGGCCAAUCUCAGGAGGUAGAAGAAAAGGUGUGGAAACCGAGUACAUUUCCUCCCACGAAGGUUGUAUUUUCGUGGAAAACAGGGCAGAAGUGAGCAAGACGAAAAAAAAGACCAGAUAAACGGUACUCGACAGUAUCCGCGAAAUACGAGCAGGGUUGUGAAGUGAAAAACCAAAAAAAAAAAGUUAAGUAAAAAAAGGUAAGAAAAGGGUGCAACUUUCUUAAAGUUGUAAGUUUAAAGGAAAAAAAUAAGAUAGUGAUGUAAAAAGUAGUGAAAAUUUACAAGAAGAGAAAAACCCUAGUGAAAAAGAGGAAAAAAGGUCACGAAGCAAAAAGACACCUGCUGACAUCGAGCUCGGCGUCGUUUGUUGAUUAAAUUUAAGCUCCCGAAGAAAUGUUCAUCAGUUGAACGCCGUCAGAUAAAGGCAGUUGCAGCAAAAAAAUAAAACUCCCAGAAAAUCACACGAUGACUUCUUCACCGCCGUCUUCAGCAUGCUCCUCUACUGGAAGCAUUUUUCGUGGCACAAUUUUCCUCACAGCAGCGACUAGAAGAAGAGCAGGCAGCAGCAGCAGGACUUCCGCUCGAGAGGAACAGCCAGAGGAGGAGCAGCACCCACCACCACAAGGGCACAGCCACCCACAGCGCCCCAGGAGGAGGACGGGGGUCAACACGGAGGCCAUUAUGUCCAAGAGGAGGAAAAUUGUUUACGGCUGGUUUAAUUUCAUCUUUCUGUGCGGGAUUAUGCUCGCCGCCCAGUUCACUAGUGUACAUAGUCUAAAGGAUUUGAAAAUCUUUGUCCCGGACGCCGUCAUCAUGGGCAACGCGGCCACCCUGUCGUGUCAGUUUGAGCUUGAAAAGGCAUCUCUCUACUCCGUUCGGUGGUACUUCGAGAGCGAAGAGUUCUACCGUUACGUCCCCAAGGAGUCACCGCCGGCGCGGACCUUUCCGGUGUCUGGCAUCACUGUCGAUAGCUCCCAAUCGGACGCGACCUCGGUGACGCUGCGUGGCGUGACCCGCGACCUGACCGGCCAGUUCCAGUGCGAGGUGUCGGAGGACGCGCCACUUUUCCACACCGACAUCCGGCAGGCCCGCAUGCAGGUGGUCGAGCUGCCCAAGCAGGACCCUCAGAUGCAGCUGGAGAAGACGCACAUCACGACGCUGGACAACUUCCGGGCCGUCUGUACCGUCGGGACGUCCUUCCCGCCGGCCAACAUCACCUGGUUCAUCAACUCGAAGAAGAUUCACCGUUCACCGUACCAGCGCAUCACGUACCGGUCGUUCGAGGGCACGCCGACGUUCUCCUCGCUGGACAUGUACCCGCACAGCCAGGUGCUGCAGGACAUCUACCAAACGAUGCCCCCGUUCCAGACAAGCCUAACGGUGAUGUGCGAGAUCUCGAUUCUGCACAUCUACACCAAGAGCGCCCAGCAGCUGAUCAUCGUGAGCGACCUCGUGACCACGAUCAGUCCGAACCUGCUCGGCCUGGACGGGUCGAACAACCGCCGGAAGGGUCCGAACGGCGAUCCGGACAAUUCGGCCCUCACGGACAAUGGUUCGACACGAGCUAGCACCAUCUGGUGGGCGAUAGCGGCGGCCACCGUGGCUUUGAGCUUGGGAGUGCUCGACACCAGAGUGCACCACUGGUGACCUGCUAGCCCUGCGCAAGGACGUGGUUUGUAAAUAAAACUCAAUACAAAACUGUGCACGUACUUAUACUAUUAAACUUAAUAUAUGCAACACACCCACACUCACUCACACACUUUCACUACACUGUCAUCCGAAAAUGCGGGGAAUACACUCAACCAAACGACAGUCAAUCUUAGCGAUGACUCAAACCAGACACAACAACUGCAAACAAAAUACGAAAAUGCGGGGAAUACACUCAACCAAACGACAGUCAAUCUUAGCGAUGACUCAAACCAGACACAACAACUGCAAACAAAAUACUAUAUUUAUACAGAAUGAAAAGCAUUUAGAACAAAAAAAAAACAAGAAAAACGCUGUUAUAAUGUACUUGUAAAAUAUAUGUAUUUGAGCUUUUUACUAACCGUAAACACUCUACUUAGGCGUAUUCUCCGAUUGCUUCACCUUGUGACAUCAAAAUGGUCAAAACUGAAUCAGUUGGAGGGACUGUUUGGAUUUGACAAACUUCCCAAACACCUCUUCUUCACAACUUCACAGCAAACAAAUAAUAAACAAAAAUACCGUGAUAGAACGCUCUGCCACGAACCGUCAAUCAAAAUAACAGCGGCAAACCAACAAUAAAAAAAACUUGAAAAUUAACGAUACAGAUAAAAUGUGCCAGUCUCGAGUGGUCAAAAGGUUAAGCAGAAAAAAAAUGGUUUGUGCACAAUCGGAAAAUAGUAAGUAGUGAAAUAAUCACUAUCCGAAACAAAGUCAAAACAACAGAAACGUAAUAUGAAAACAGAUAAAAAUUGCAUAUAAAAUAACAAAAGCUAUAUAUGAUGUUAGUUUGAUAAACAUAAAAACAACUAGGUUGAUACUGGAUAAUAAAACAAUAUUAGCGAAUAAAUGAACAGCCAGCAAGUAAAAAAAAUCGCAUCUUUUUAUAAAUGUAUUAUAUGCGUGAGGGAAAAAAUAAUGCAAACUGACUGGAAAAACAAAAACAAAUCCAUGAAUAAUAUUUCCACUUAUGGAAUGCUGCUCACAGGGCGUUGUAACGGAAAGUAAAACAGCACAAAGCAAAUUUGUGUUGGAUGACACCGCGAAAUCUUCAGCAGGAAGUACCGAAAAUAGAAUAAUUAAACGUACUGAAAGUUUGUGACGUAAACGGGCACGCACCGUGCUGAAAUGCUUGUUACAGUGAGGGAAAGUGUAAGUGUAAGUCGUUAUCUGAUUUUAGAAGAGAAGGAAUUUACGUUGCCUUGUAGAUAAUUUUGGGAAAAAAUUGUUUGCAUUGACUAUUUUUUUAAUGGUUUUUAUCCAUUUAAACUAUACCUUCCGUUAAAGUGAACUAAUCUCAACCUGUAUGGAACAUUUGAAGCAAAAAAAAAACGAAAGAUAAUAAAAGAAAUUGCAAGUAGUAGUGAAAUUAAGAUAGCAGAAAAAACAUGUUAAGUUAUUCUUUUAUACAUGCAGAAAAUCGCUGAAUCCAUUACCCAUAAAUCGAUAUAAAUUACAAGAAACAUGGUAAAAAAAUUGAGCAAAAGUUAAAAAAAACAUGUAUAACAGAAGGAAGCAGAAGACGAAAGAACGUGUUUGAAGAAAAACAAAACAAACCUAAAGUUUUCAAAAAAACAAAAACUGAAAUAAAUAUAAACCAGCAAAAAGAAAAUGUUUUGUUCAACAAAAAUGAAAUGGAAAAUAAAAUUAUUAUUAAGAA